CACUAGACAGUAGACACCUUACCUGUCAAAAUCCAUAUGGCAGAUUGUCAAUAAAAUGCUUGUAAAAAUUUAAACUGGGUUUUACAAGAAAUUAAGCUUAUAAUAAUCGUAUUAUGCCCAAUUACAUUUGCAAAAUGUUUUCUGACGACGACUCAUAGGCACUAACAGUAAAAUCACACCCUAGAUAAUUAGUUUAAGCCUGAUAUUUAUAACCAGUCCUUGGAACUUGUGUAAUUUUGUGCUUCGAAAAAGUAACAAAGCGAUGGAGAACGGCAGUAUUCCAGUCCAUAAGCUAACAAAUAAUCCUACUGCAGCGUGGAGGGAAAUAUCAAAGAACCAAAAAAUUAUCAAGCUUAAUGUUAAGACACCAUCAAAACCUGUUGAGCCAAAUAAAGUAAGAUUUGUUUGCAUGAGUGACACUCAUUCUCUUAUAAGAAACGUGGUAUUUGACGUACCUGACGGUGAUGUGUUCAUACACGCAGGAGACUUUACGAAAUGUGGACAAAAAGAGGAAGUUAUACAGUUUAAUAAAUGGCUAGUGUCGUUGCCCCACAAACACAAGAUUGUAAUCAGCGGCAAUCACGAGUUGAGUUUUGAUAAAAAAUUCUCAGAUUAUUUCAAAAAAACGGUAAGUUCAAGACACACUGGAUCACUUGAAGAUGAAGUCCCCAAUUAUGGCAAUACUAAAGAUAACAUAAGUGAUGCAGUAAAUACUGAUAACAUCAGGCAGUAUUUAACAAAUUGCACCUAUUUGGAAGAUUCAAGUAUCGAUAUUUACGGUAUCAAACUGUAUGGUACUCCUUGGCAACCAGAAUUUGGUGGUUGGGCUUUUAAUUUAGAGAGAGGUGAAGAGUGUCUCUCUAAGUGGAAUUUGAUUCCAAAUGAUGUAGAUGUACUAAUUACUCAUACACCUCCUCUAGGGUUUGGGGACCUGGUUUGCUCAGGAGUCAGGGCCGGCUGUGUAGAAUUGUUAACAACAGUGCAACAAAGGGUCAAACCCAAAUAUCACGUUUUUGGGCACAUACAUGAAGAUUAUGGAGUAUUCUCUGAUGGAAAAAUCAUCUAUAUCAACGCUUCAACAUGUGAUAUUAAUUAUAUUCCGAAAAAUUUACCUAUAGUUUUUGACGUUCCUUUACCUGAAGGCCACUGUAAAGACUAGAUUAGGAUCAAUUGAAAACAGCUUUUAUAUCUAUUUAUUGUGUAUAUUUAAGUUUUUUAUACAAAAUAAUUUGCAAAAAAAGCGUAUAGAGAAAG